GAAGUAUCCGGCGAAAGUAGGGUCGUUUAUUUUUAUUUUAUAUGCUUUUUUUGUCCUCCGUGAAGCAAAAGCCGAGAGGACACAGACAAGAAGCCUCCUAACGUAGCGCACGACUCGAAAUCCGUGAACGUUAUGGCUGAUCCUGAAGUCAACCCCAAAGCUUAUCCUUUGGCAGAUGCCACUCUGACCAAAACCAUUUUGGACCUAGUUCAGCAAGCUUCCAAUUACAAGCAACUCAGGAAAGGUGCCAAUGAAGCCACCAAAACCUUGAACCGCGGCAUCGCCGAGUUCAUCGUGAUGGCUGCCGACGCCGAACCCCUCGAGAUCAUCCUCCAUCUACCUCUGCUCUGCGAGGACAAGAACGUCCCGUACGUGUUUGUGCGCUCCAAGCAGGCUCUUGGGCGCGCCUGCGGCGUGUCCCGUCCCGUCAUCGCCACCUCGGUCACCAUAAAGGAAGGCUCCCAGCUCAAGCCUCAGAUUCAGUCGGUGCAGAUGGCUAUUGAGAGACUGCUGGUGUGAACUGAGGCUCAUGGGGGGGGAUGGGGGGUGAGAUUGAAGAGGUUCCCUGGUUUCGCCAUUAACCUUUUUUUUUUUUUUUUAAUACAUUGAACAAUGGUUUUAUGUGUUGUAAAUGCUUUUCAUUCAUAUUCUUCAGAAAUGAGACAUGGUGACAAACAUACAUGCUGACACAUCAAAAGGCCGUGUGUUAGAUUUCUGAUGAUGUUGGGCGAUACAAAUCAGAAUACUUUAUUCAUCCCCAAGGGGAAAUUGAGUUCUAUUACAGACACUCACGCUCUAAUAACCAAAAACUAACGGAAAUAAACGAUAAAUAAGAAAUAGAAAUGAGAAAAUAUAUCAACAAGCAUGGAGCACAUAACACCCUAUCUAUACUGCACUACUACACAAAUAAAAUUAAAUUGGCUGAUAUAUUCGUAUUGGAAGAUAUGUUUGAUAAAAAGUUAAUGGAAAAAUCAAAUCAAAUCAAUUUUCUUUGUAUAGCCCAAUAUUACAAAUUUGCCUCAGUGGGCUUAACAGCAACACAAGAAAGAAAAGAAAAGGAACGUGUGUCAUUCAUUCUGAGGUUUUUUUUUUGGAUUUUUUUUUUUUUACCCCAAUUGUAUCCGGCCAAUUACCCCGCACUUCCGAGCCGUCCCAGUCGCUGCUCCACCCCCUCUGCCGAUCCGGGGAGGGCUGCAGACUACCACAUGCCUCCUCCCAUACAUGUGGAGUCGCCAGCCGCUUCUUUUCACCUGACAGUGAGGAGUUUCGCCAGGGGGACGUAGCGCAUGGGAAGAUCACGCUAUUCCCCCCAGUCCCCCCCCCUCCCCCUCUGAACAGGCGCCCCGACCGACCGGAGGAGGCGCUAGUGCAGCGACCAGGACACACACCCACAUCCGGCUUCCCACCUGCAGACACGGCCACUUGUGUCUGUAGGGACGCCCGACCAAGCCGGAGGUAACAUGGGGAUUCGAACCGGUGAACCCCGUGUUGGAAGGCAACAUUAAUUCUGAAGUUUUGAAUUUAACCGCCUGACUGUAGAACGGCGACUGCUGAUUUGUUUUUAAAACUGGUUUGUCUCGUGGUAGCUGUCACGCUGACGAUGAAAGAGUUUCAGCCUUUUGAGUAUACGUGUACCAUGUGGGCUCGGGCCGACCGCAGCAGCCCACUUUCAUGUGGUCCCGAGACCUUUACUUUAUCUUUUCCCAUUCACUCCUCAUCCUGUGUAUUUCUACUUCGUGUCUUAAUAAAGGAUAAAAU